AUGGUAAAUGUCAUAGUGUUCAUAUCAUUGCUCCGAAAUUUAGUUUGAAGCAAUUUAUAUCUAUUUAAAACUGAACAUUUGACUCAGUGUGUCAAAGUAGAACCAUAUUUUUUUUAUAUAGCAUGAUUAAAUCAUGAACAUUGUAUUAAGUUUAAAUUUAUAUUAAAUUCCAAAUGCCAUUAAUAUUAUUUUUUAUAUAAUGCUUUGCGUUAUAUAAGAACAAAAAAUAAUUUAGUAGCAGCAGAUAAAAGAGGGAGAGACAGGGAGAGAGAGAGAGAGAGUGAGUGUGGAAACACAUAGAGUGAGCUGAAUGUGGUUGUUGGAAGCAAAGUAUGUUGCCACUUUAUUAAUUUAGUAAUUAAAUAGAUAAAGUUAAAAUAAAAUGGAUGGAAAUAAUGCUAAAAACAUCGACAAAAGUAUCGAUUGGAUAUUCCAUAAAUUACGAAGGCCAACAUUUAUGUGGCAUUUGGCUAGCAGCAUUACCAUAGCCACGGUCGGAUUUUUGAGCAAGGUUAUCACGGCUUGGCUGAAUCGUGCUCGAAUAUACAAUAACGAGAUACUCGCUUCGAUUAUCGAUACAAAACCAGAGCAUAUACCGUUGUUAACUUUAUCUAAUCAUCAUUCGUGCUUUGAUGAUCCUGGUAUUUGGGGAAUCUUACCAAUUCGACAUAAUUGCAAUUUUCGGAAAAUCAGGUGGUCGUUAGCUGCUCACGACAUAUGCUUUACCAAGAGAUAUCAUUCUUACUUUUUUAUGACCGGCAAAUGUAUUCCAGUAAUACGUGGUGGUGGUGUUUAUCAAAAAGCGGUUGAUUUGUGCAUAGAAAAGCUUGCCAUCGGCGAUUGGGUUCAUGUAUUUCCCGAAGGAAAAGUGAAUAUGACCAAAGAGAAUCUGCGAUUCAAAUGGGGUGUUGGACGAAUGAUUUACGAAUCACCAGUUAUACCAAUUAUCGUACCAAUUUGGCACGAGGGCAUGGACACUGUUUUACCGAAUUAUCCGCCUUAUAUAUUAAAAUUUGGGAAAAAAAUUACGAUUAACGUGGGUCAACCGAUAAAUAUUAGUGAUUUAGUUAAUAGCCUAAGAUCGAAAAAUACACCAGAGCCAAUUGCAAGAAAGAUUAUUACCGAUCGAUUGCAAGAGGAAAUGAACAUUCUCAGGCAAUCAACUGAAAAAUUACAUGCUGUGUAGCAUUAUCGGUAUAUCCAAAAUGAUAAAAGAACA